CCUUUGAACACCGAUAAGACCGGUUUGAGGACGCGGAGCACUUCGCGAGACACUCUCGAAGCGUUUGCGGCUCGCGCUAGACGCUUCCUUCCGCCGUUGUGCGCCCGAUCAGUUGAAACGCGUGUUUCUGCUGCUGGCCCGUGUGUGCCGGUCCCGAAGUUCCGUCGUCUCGCAACAAACGGCGAUGGCAUUCCGCACCUCGAUCGGCCGCUCACCGUCGUUGUGGUGCCUGGUGUUGGUGGUCACGAUUUUACCCUGCCUCGGACUACACAACGGUGUCGCCCGUUAUCGGCACUUCGAUGACUACCUGCGGAAUAUGGACUCUGAGGAGCGGGCCAUAAUCACCGACGAAUCAAGUCCAGACGGCGCUGGCAGCGGCAGCGAUGCAGAGCGCAGUAUCACGACAACGCCGCCCACGACCCCCAGCUGGGAGAACCAGCGGGACAUCACGUGCUGCAUGCUGGGCCAGAUAGCCGGCGACAAGGGCUACCACUGCUUCGCCAAGUUCUACGCUGCGCGCCUCCGAAUGCGGAACCGGAACCGGGCUCACAACCGGAAGAUGGGCUUCUACGGCCGAAACCGGAUACCGGACUACGGUCAUCGCCUUAUGCGGACCUUCGAGCAGUGCGUGGUGGGCGACCAUGGUACCAUCUUUCACAAGUGCUGCCACAUGGUGGCGCUCGAACGCCGAGACCGCGUUCGCUACGACACGUCUGCGUCGUCUGCUGGAAGAAGCCACUCCGCAACGUCUGCUGCCGAGCCGGAGUCGUCUGCGAGCCAGCAGGGAGAGUCGUCUGCUUCGCAACACGAGCGGGAGAUGAACCGCUAUCACCACCCCCACCACCGCCAGCACCGAACGCAAGAAGAAACCGGCGGUGAAUCUGUGGAAGUCACCACGACGACCACGGAAAAUCCUCGUCACCAGAGAGUCCACCGCCAUCGUAACAGUGAUGACGACGUCAGCACAGACACGGGGGACAGCAGACGGUAGAAAACAACAAGCAGCACGGUCCAGACGACUUGUUGACAUACUGGGCAGGGACACUGCGCGUUUCCCGAGAGUUGUCAAAAUCGAGUCGUUUCUUGUAGCGGUUACCGGGGGGAUAUUGUUUCUCUCUCCAUAGAGAGUUGUUCAGAGAGAGAUAUCUGCAUUCGAGCCAAACCAAGAUACUUAACGAAAGCAGAUGACGUAAUCGGUGUAAGUGCUCGCUAUAUGGGUUUCGUUUGCAUAAAAUGGGUGGGAGUGCGUGCGCCAAAACAGAGCGGUGCUCAGAGCACUGAGAGGUAUGACGUGGACAACGAUGGGCACAUAAUAUUUGUGCACAGUAUUCCAGACCUUGCAAGUGGUACAAAGCCUUAUUGCUCUAUGCAUUGUAAAGACUACUUCACACGCCAAGAUUGGCACAAUGCAGCACGAAUUAUGUCAGUGACGUUGUUCGCUGCAGGGAUUACAAACUUCGCUGCUCAUUUCUGUUACCUGCAUCAGGUGGACUAAAGAUGUCACUGACCUUUCCCUAAGAGCAGUGACGGUGUGAGGGGUUACAGAAUCGCCAUUCCGUGUGCACUAAUACGGAACCUACUGACUUCGUCACGUGCAAUCUGCUAGAAUCUUGCCUAACCGUAUCCCUACGAAGAAAGGUUGUCACCACCUAUGCAAACCUCUUCUCUGAUGCAGAAAUUUUUUCGUUUCGAUAGCACCAGCCGCGGAGCUAUCUCAAAGGGGCCAAAGUAUUUGAGAAGAAAGCUGAGGGAACGUAAAAACCAAAAGAAAAAGCUUUCGGUUUGCCAAACAUGAGAUUUGCGUUAGAUACCUCUUACAAGUGCAUGUGUGAGCGAACAACUUGGACAAAACGUACAGAAACAUGCCUAAGGCAGGAUUUUGAUCGCAAUACUCUGAUAAUUGCUCUUCUUUCCAUGCCUUCUUUCUUUAAUGGAGGAGAGGUGCGCUUGGACUCAGUCCACAGCGCGCGAUCUUGCAGACUCAGAGUGGGUCAUAUUUUCUCGAUCCAAUUUACCCUCUGCUAUUUGUUUUUCUGUGCAAAUUGUAGUAAUGCCAGUGGACGAAACCACAAUGAUGACAGUAGCACUAAUGAUUCCACUCAAACCCUCCUUAUCCACGUACGAGGGCGCGCUAGUUCAUUGCGGGUGAACUCUUCUGCGGGUGGACAAUUUCUCUUAGACGAGCUCUGGCAACUUUCCGUAUGCUGUAGAUAGGCUGUGCAUAAUUGUUGCCGUUAACAAGUACUCGUUAGUGUUGCGGGUAGUUUUGUCAUGUUAAGAGAGAAAGCGAAUUUUCUGGUUUACGUUGCUCCAGCGCAUGCCGUGUCGCGAAAUCUCGAACGGACCAACUUGCUUCGCUUGCGAACGAUCGUGUUUGCAAACGCUGCAUCGCCACGAACGUGCAUGUGGUUUUGUUUCUGAAAUAGUAGUACUUUAGGGUUCAUCAUCUGCCGUUCAUUUUUAUUCACAAUCGUCGAGAGAAAAAAGAAAAGCAUAUAUAUAGAUUUUCGUUUCCUUUUUUCACAUAUUUUUUUCUUAUCUUCAGUUUCACCAAAUAAGGCAUGGACUUAAAAGUUUCACAAGUGUUCAUUUCGUAUGUCUGACGUCAUCCAAACGUAUGCCGUUUAAACUUUACGACAUUCGUUUUUUUUUUCUUAACGUUUUAACGUCCUAAUGAACGUCAUUUCUGCAUGUCCACUUGCCCGCAUUGGUGCGCCCAUUUUACUUGUAGAAUGCGUAUUAUUUAAGCAUUUUCGUGUGUUCGAGCUUUAUGAUGCUGCUUUGCGGUGUUGUCUAAUGUUAAAGGGAACAGCUAAUUUGUAUGCAGAGCACCAUAACUAGAAUGUAUCAUUGACCCCCUAAGGAAAAACAUAAGUGCUUGAUGCGACAGGUUAGGUAGACCUAUGCUGGUCAAGAAUUGUUGUCUGUGCCUUCUUGUGAAGCCUGGGCUGUAAUUAGUCCCAAAAUAUUAAUUUGGCAUUCCCUUUAACACUGGGUCAUACUCUACAUCCGCAUGUUCCUCUUUGUUUCUGUGCUUUUGAUAUCCUUAGGAUGCAGUAGUUUUGGUAACUUGGCAUGUUUUGUGACGGUGGAAUACUCUCUAGAAACCUGUGUAGCAAGCAAGCGCGAAACACUCACUUUGAAUGUAGGCAUGAAGAAACUGUCUUUUGUGUUUUUACUGCCACAUGUGAUGGCGCCAACAGGUUGAGCACAUUUUUCAGAAGCUGUACCUGCGACAAGAACUCCAAGUCAAACAAAGAGCGGACGACUCGGCAAUGUUUUUUUUUUGUUUUUUUAGCUUAUCGGUUUUUAAUGCUGAAGUCAUUAUUGAAUAACACACUUUGACAAAAACACGCAUGCAAAUGCAUAGUACAGCAUUGUUUUCGCACGAAGGUUUGUCCCAACGUGAUAGUACACAGACGCCGUUUCUGUGGUACAGAAAAGCCAGGUGCUCUGGCAUUUACGCUUCCUUCGAGAUAGUGCAAUUUACCGUUAUUGAGUUUUUUUUCUUUUUGACAGUAGGAAUGUUUGUCGGUAAUAGACUUGUGUUCCCACCGAGAUCAUUGGUGUUCCCACCGAGAUCAUUGUCUUUAUGUACCUGCAAAGUGACCAGUUAAAAAAGAGCUUUUGCCUUGUUUACGGGGUGCUUUUUGAUUAUUUCAGAAGACGCAGAUGAAAAUGUUUUUUUUUUCUUCGGACCUUACUACGAAUUUUUAAGAACGUUCGAUGGCAGCCGCAUAGCGUGUUUUCCAUGUAUCGUAUCAACCACCAACCUGCAUCCGUCACCAAACAGUAUGUCUCGCUACACAGCGUAUGCCCUGUUAAUUAACAAACAACCUCGUGUUAUUUCUCAGAUAUUACAUGUGUAUCGCUCUAUAGAGUACUCGGUCAAGUGUAGCGAAUGUUAAGCCCGUGUUAUCUCUUGAACAAUGCAUGUGUAUCGCUGUAUAGGAUACUCGGUUAGAAAUGAUGAAUGUUAAGCCUAAGUCUGCAAAUACUCGAGCCUGUUUCUAUGUCUCCAGCUGUUUACACCGACUAAGUUUUCUUUUCCUUACCUCCUUUCUUUUUUUCUUUAAUUAAGUGAGGAAAGUGCGUGUGAUAUAACGUGUAAUGUGUUUUACGAGGUCUUCUUUACCGCCUUGAUGGGACGCUAGAAGGGAAUAUUAAGUUAGACUGCAUUAAUAAAUUAAUGCAACAAAAAGGUAAAUCUUACUUUUACAGGAUGUUUGGUGAGUUUGAAAACAUGCCAGAACGAAAUGCAGCAGUCUUGCCGCCUUGAAGUUAUAAUGACGCCAUUGAUUUGGACUGCUUCUGUUCGGGCAUGGUCAAUUUUUUUGUUACCGGUAAAACUGGGCUAUAACUUAUAGUCAAAUAACUUCGGAAGCUUAGAGAACGUUUACAGCGCCACAACGGCGUAAAUACGAAAAUAAAACUGAAAUGCGUGAGGUCACACUGAUGUAACCGCACUAGGGUAUCGAUGCCUUCUUCUUUUUUUUUUUUUUUUGAAGUGCUGCCCUUAAUUUUUUUUCUAGUAAUCACCCUUAUGCAAUGAAAUCAACGAAAAUGGAGUUUUAGAACACUUUUUUUUAAUGAGUGAAAACUCAUUUAGUGUUUCUCCGCACUGUCCCUCUCGGCGGAGCGCACAACUGCGUCGAUGCAUUCAUCUAGUCCUCGAGUUACGAAAGCGGCGAAUCACAAAUUACCAGCUCGCUCCGCUAUGCGUGCAGAUGUGAAAGGGGGGCGUGUUAACGGCGGGGGAAAAUCGGUGAGCUACGCGUGUAGCGAACCUAACGACCGGUGGGGGGGUCUCUUCUCGACGUUGAAAUAGCUUUGGCUUCCGGAACCAAUCCGCCGACGCAAACGCGUCCUGUGUCGUGCAUAGUUGUUAUCCCAUUUCCUCAAGCAAUUAAUACCUCGUGAGGAGAAGUGCGAGGCUCUGCCUUGCUCAGCUCGAGGCACGACCUUCGGGGGGCCAUCCUGGAGUGGGCCGAGAGAAUGGAGGAAGCCCACUUCAAGUAGUUCCUCCCCCCCCCCCCCCCUCCACCAGCUAUCCCGUUGCCCCCUUUCCUUUAAUGAGAUAUAAAGUAAGUUUUUCAUUCAUUCCGCGAAUUAACAGGAAACCAGCAAACUGGCGCUUGCACGAUGGACGAAGGAAUGGACGGGACGAGCCCUAUAGAAUUACAACUGACUUUAUCCUCGUAAAGUCUUCGACUGCAAAAAAAGAAAAAGAACGGCACAUUCGCAACACCAUUCGCGAAAGAAUGGAAGAGGUAUCAAUGUGACGCGUUGUCAAGACAACGGAACUCUCUUCUUUUUUCUGUUCAACACAACGAUGGCGCGGUCACGCAUCUUUCGUGGCCCAAUUUCCGUACGCGGUACGCUCCGACAACCUCGCGUUCGUGCUGCAUUUUCCUUUUUUGUCUCGUGGUUCCGUUCUUGUUCCUUUGUGUAAGCGUCCGUUCGAUAGUUUCCGGUUCAUUCGCAAGUAUGCACCCGCUCGCCAAGCAAGAAUCUUUUGCUGGUAUAGCUGUGCGAAAGAGACUAUCGUCGCUUCACUAUCACGGACGUGACCAAAGAAACAUUCACUUCGUUGCGGUUACCGGGCGCUGCUGCUUCAAAAUAUUAGCGGCUGUUGACGUCCUCAGUUUUCUUUUUUUUUUUAGGACACGCGGAGCCGUCUCUCAUUAAAAUUCAUUUAACACAUAUGUGUGGUGGCAGGUUGAGAAUCGGUAAUUUUAACGCACCUGCAAAGUUUUUCUUUUGAACGAGAGCUUUGGUCCUGGUGUUAGUUAUAAACGCGGCUCGCAGUCCGCUUCUCCGAGGAGGAAUUUGCGCAUGCUCCGAUCGUGAAUUGCAGUAGCUGGUAUUGCUUCGCUUUGCUGUUUAAGCGUCAUCAAACCUUCUACUUAUAGCCAAACGACGAGAUCGGCGGAAAGGACCGAGUACCGUGAACAUUUAUUUCGGUAAUAGUCGAGAGUGGCACAAUAUCACCUUGCAUCACGGACCGCCAUAAACCACAACGGUCCUCCUCGGCUAUACAGGCCUCCUCGUCAACUCGGUAUAUGUGCAUACGGUGCAGACGAAGCUGUUUCUAGCUUGGCCAUUCUAAACUGGUCCGCGUUGUACUCGCCGGUUGCCUUGGUUACGGUGCAGUCGAAGCACGCGCGUGACCUUUAAGCACGUGACGACAGCUUGAGGUUUCGCCUAAGGACUCGAGUAAUGUCUGUAUUUCGAGGCUUUGCAUCGCUGCUCUACAACUGUAUGCAUCGUAGUUUGUGUGCCUGUUUUGCAUAUAUAUUAUAUAUAAAUUUAUAUAUUGCCUGUUGUGUGUUGUACUUCAAUGAGUGCGAAAUAGUAGUGUUUCUUUUCUUGUUUUUCAUUGUGGCAAUAAAAGGAGUGCCAGACAGAAUGGCUUUUGUCCGAAACCGAA